AUGGAGGGCAGCCCGAAGCAGCCGUGCCUGCAGAGGGGGCCCCGGGAGGUGGGGGACAGCCAGGCCCUCGCCAAGCUGCAGGAACUGGCUCUGACAUGGUUCACGGAGACACAGGCACCCUUCAUCCUGCAGGAUGGAGCCCUGCCCCCCUGGUUUCACGGAUUCAUCACCCGCAAGCAGACGGAGCAGCUGCUUGGGGACAAAGCUCUCGGCUCCUUCCUCAUCCGCCUCAGCGACCGGGCUACUGGCUACAUCUUGUCCUACAGGGGCAGCGACCGCUGUCGGCACUUCGUCAUCAACCAGCUGCGGGACCGGCGCUACCUGGUGUCGGGGGACACGCACAGCCACGGCACCCUGGCCGACCUCGUACGCCAUUACCAGGAGGUGCAGCUGGAGCCCUUUGGGGAGACCCUGUCUGCUGCCUGCCCGCGGCUGGAGGACAAUGAUCUAUAUGAUGCUAUCACCCUGGGCCUCCACCACACCCAUCUGGGCCCAGAUAACCCAGCCGUCACAGUUUCGCCAGCAGCGGUCCUGGACGAGGCUGCCAGCCCCUGCCCCUGCCCCAAGCCACAGGUCUCCUUCCUCCAAACCAAGAAGAGCCGGGAUGCAAGUUCCUGCAGCUUCUCGGAGGAGGGGGGCGUGGCGGUCCCCGGGAAGGUGCCUCCCCUCCCUGAGAGGAGUGCCUCCCUUCUGGACGAGUCCUUUGGAAGCCCCAACAACAGUAUCUACUCAGACCCGAGGAAGCUGAACCAGGCACAGCUAGGCCUGGGCCCAGAGGCGUCCGGCAGAUCCAGGCCAGCUCCAGGGGGCAGCCAGCCCAGCUCCCCAGGCAAGGAGUCCCUCAAGAGACUCUCCGCUGGAGGUCAGAACAGGCCUGAUGGCCUGGGGCCUGCCUUCUCUGGGGUGAGUCCUGAGCAGGGUCCCACAGGGCCUCCCACAGCCCGGGGCCACCUUCUGCCCCCCGCUUCUGAGGCCCUGGGAUCCUCCGCCACCCCCUGGAGCCAGGCAUCUCCAAAGCUGAGCCACAGGGCUCAGCCCGGCUCCCAGGGCACUUCUGCAGACACUUAUCAGCUCCUGCAGACAGAAGGUCCCCUGUCAGAGCCCGGGGAUGAGCCAGACCAAGAAGACAGUGCCUAUGCGGAGGUCCCAGUGCGCUGGGGGGGCUCACCCAGGCCCCCAUGUCCCGGGACCAGUCCUCCAACUAGCAGGCCACCAGGAUCCACAGACCAUGGCUACAAGAGACUCUCAGGGGCCCCAGAGCUCCCUGAACCCGGGAACACCUAUGAACAAAUCCCAGCAGCCAGGAGCAAGGAGACUGGACGGACACACAAGGUGGGCUCCACAGGGGGGUGGGGCGGCUGCCAGCCCCUGCUGGUGAGAAGGAUCAGUGGCCUUCAUGUACGAGCAGGUCGGGUCACUGCUACUGCUCCGAGGGGCCCAGGAUUUUCUAGAAGUAACAUAUGCUUGGAGGUGGUGGGAAGGGCUGUGGCUCAGCUUGAAUGUAAGGUGUGGUCUUCUAGGCCCUUCUGAGGGCUUUCUCUGCAGACCAACAGUCCUGGCGCCCUCCAAGCCACUUGUGCCAGACCCUCAUUGUGGCCCAGCCGCCCCCAGCCACGUGGCUCCGGGGAGGCAGCUUCCCUGGCAGGCCUUCCUGAGACUAUGUCCCAAACACUGCGACCACUGCUCGUUUUCCUUCAGCAACCCGACCCAGGACCUCCCUCUCUUACUCUAUACAACUGUCUGCCCGAGGGCAAGGCUAGACGUACUCCCCUGCUCAGGACGCAGCCCAGAGACAGCCGGGCAGAGCUGUCAAAUGGAGGGUUUCUGCUCUGAGGACCGGCGGGGGAAGUGGAGGGCAGGGGCUCCCACGGGGCGCAGGCACCCUCGGCCCAGCACGCUCUCCCUGCACCCCAAGCCAGUGGGCAGGGAGGGUCCACUCCUCGUGGGGAUGGCUUCGGACCUCAACUCACGAAGACCCUCAAGGUCUGGGCAGCGAAACCUGAUGUCCUUGCUGAAAGGCCUUCCCACACAUCCCGGGGCGGGGUGUGCACCCAGUGCAGUGCGGGGCACCACAGAGGUCCUGACUCUGCUGGGACCACAGGCCCUGCUGGCAGGCAGGCCCUCGAGGAACCCUGAAGCCACAUCCCAUGGCAGUUCCCACCCCCCAUCUCCCAUCACUGCAAAGCCCACAUCCUCUCUGGUCCCACCUUGUGGAGACCCCCUCCUCCCCUAGCCUUCUCAGAAGACACACAUCCUUCACCCAGAACAGGGCGGGGUGUGGGGCUGGCUGUGCCAUUUCUGGCACCAUGAGGCUCAUGAACAACCAGCAAUCCUCCCAGCAGGCCUUUCUUGGGCUUGGGCCCCAGCGACCGACGGGUGCUGCGCCUCUCUCCGCCCAGGGCCUCCAGGCCCCAGUGUCUCCUCCCUCUCUGCAGCCCGACAAGCUCUGGAGGCUCCUCUUCACCGACAAGAAGCA